AUUUCUCCGUGGACAAUGGCAGCUACCAUUCAGGCCAUGGAGAGGAAGAUUGAAUCGCAGGCAGCUCGAUUGCUUUCCCUAGAAGGUCGAACUGGGAUGGCUGAGAAGAAGCUGGCAGACUGUGAGAAGACAGCUGUGGAAUUUGGCAAUCAGCUGGAGGGCAAGUGGGCCGUGCUGGGGACCCUGCUGCAGGAGUACGGGCUGCUGCAGCGGCGGCUGGAGAAUGUGGAGAACCUACUGCGCAACAGGAACUUCUGGAUCCUGCGGCUGCCUCCUGGCAGCAAGGGCGAGGUCCCCAAGGAGUGGGGCAAGCUGGAGGACUGGCAGAAAGAGCUCUACAAGCAUGUGAUGCGGGGCAACUACGAGACGCUGGUCUCCCUGGACUAUGCCAUCUCCAAGCCUGAGGUCCUCUCCCAGAUUGAACAAGGCAAGGAACCAUGCACAUGGCGUCGCACUGGCCCCAAGGUCCCGGAGGUUCCUGUGGAUCCAAGUCCAGGCUCUGGAGCCCCAGUUCCUGCCCCUGACCUUCUGAUGCAGAUCAAGCAGGAGGGGGAGCUCCAGCUGCAGGAGCAGCAAGCUCUGGGUGUGGAGGCCUGGGCAGCUGGGCAGCCAGAUAUCGGGGAAGAGCCCUGGGGUCUCAGCCAGCUGGACUCUGGGGCAGGAGACAUGUCCACGGAUGCUAACUCUGGUGUCCAUUCCAACUUUUCAACCACCAUCCCACCCACUUCCUGGCAAGCAGAUCUCCCUCCCCACCACCCCUCUUCAGCAUGCUCAGACGGGACAUUGAAGCUCAACACAGCAGCCUCCACAGAAGCAGAUGUAAAAAUCGUGAUCAAAACAGAAGUCCAGGAAGAGGAGGUGGUGGCCACGCCUGUGCACCCCACCGACCUGGAGGCGCAUGGCACAAUGUUUGCACCAGGCCAGGCUGCACGGUUCUUUCCUAGUCCUGUCCAGGAGGGAGCCUGGGAAAGCCAAGGCAGUUCCUUCCCUAGCCAGGACCCGGUGCUGGGGCUGCGAGAGCCCACCAGGCCAGAGCGGGACAUUGGUGAGCUCAGUCCUGCCAUAGCACAGGAGGAGACCACUGCCGGGGAUUGGCUCUUCGGUGGGGUCAGGUGGGGCUGGAAUUUCCGGUGUAAGCCUCCAGUGGGCCUGAACCCAAGGACCAUGACCGAAGGGCUCCCCUUUUCCGCUGAUGGUGGAGAGGCCAUCCUGGACCCCAGCCAAGCCGCAAGACCCUUCAACGAUCCCUGCAAAUACCCUGGGCGGACCAAAGGCUUCGGCCACAAGCCAGGGCUGAAGAAGCACCCGGCAGCGCCCCCCGGAGGCCGGCCCUUCACCUGCGCCACGUGCGGGAAGAGCUUCCAGCUACAGGUGAGCCUGAGCGCGCACCAGCGCAGCUGCACAGUGCCCGACAGUGCGGGCUCGGGCUCCGCAGCGGCCUCCUCCUCUGGCAGCGGCAGUGGUGGUGGGGGGAGUGGCGGCAACGCGCGGGACAGCAAUGCCCUGCGGUGCGGGGAGUGUGGCCGCUGCUUCACGCGCCCAGCGCACCUCAUCCGCCACCGCAUGCUGCACACUGGUGAACGGCCAUUCCCCUGCACCGAGUGCGAGAAGCGCUUCACUGAGCGCUCCAAGCUCAUCGACCACUACCGAACGCACACGGGCGUGCGGCCCUUCACGUGCACCGUGUGCGGCAAGAGUUUCAUCCGCAAGGACCACCUCCGCAAGCACCAGCGCAACCACCCUGCGGUGGCCAAGGCACCUGCCCAUGGGCCGCCACUCCCACCACUGCCUGUGCCUCCAGAUCCCUUCAAGAGCCCGGCAGCCAAAGGACCCUUGGCCUCCACAGACCUCGUGACAGACUGGACUUGUGGCCUCGGUGUCCUAGGACCCACUGAUGGUGGGGAUCUGUGAGGGCCCCUACCCGACCUGCAGGCCACCUAUGUACAAAGCCCGUGUGCACACAGCAGAGUGACUGAAAGCCUAGAGACAGGAAGGGGAGACUCGGCAGAGAAUCAGAUUUCCAUGUUGCUGAACUGAUCACUGGAAAAAGAGAAACCACCUCUAAACAAAGUAGGAUUCUGAUUGUGAAACUGAACACCUUGGAAUCUUAUGUAAUUUAAUUACAAACCCAUUUUUUAUUUUUCAUUCUUGAGGAAAAAGCUGGAAAAUGGUAGCAGCACCAGUUGACGUGUGGGGUAUAAUUUUGUUUUCGGGGGUGUGUGUCCACCUUGUCUAACAAGUCUUUAGAAAGGUGACUGGGGUAAGGAGGCUCUGGACUCACCUGACCCUACUGACUCAUAGGUGUGGGUCCUUGGACCACACAGUCUUGUAGCAGUUGAGUCCCUGUUUUGUCUAGCCAACUGAUCUGGACCUCCAGCCUUGGGUGGUGAGGGCCCCAGGGCCUAGAUCACCAGCCUGUAUUCAGCAGUAAGGACCCUGCUAGGAGCAGCUCUUACAGCUGCCAGCUUUCCUCCUGAGAAGGCCCCAAAGCCCUGGCUUGACUUUUCUCCAUUUGAUGCCAUGUGGUACCUUCCACUGUGGGAUGUGAUUCCUGGGCCUGGCUAAGAAGAGUCAUGUGGCACUGUUAGUAGUGUUAGAUAUGGAGGUGAAGAAGCCAAAGUCAGGUGUUGAACACUUGCACAUGUGGUCACACAGAGCCAGGGCUACCGUCUUAGGCUACACCUUUCUCCCCUAGAUGCUUUUGUUGACUGCCCAUCCUGUAGUGUGUGCAUUUUCAAAAUGGUUCCACCUUGCUUCUGAUUCAACCGUUACCAUGACUAAGAAGCAGCAGGACAGGUGGUUCUUUCUGGAGAUGAGGAAAUAAAGGGCUCAAAGGGGAUACAGCCUCUCAUCUAGAGCAGUGUGUACCAAGAGCUGGGAAGAACUACAGCUGAGACCCAGCUCCUGGAACAGCGAUUUAGAGGGGAAAAGGUUUGGGGAUUUGCCAUCUUUAAAAUAUUUGCCCCACACCCAUGGAUCAGAUCACCAAGACUCAGAGGAACUGUCUCAGCAGCGCCAGCUAAACAGCCUUCCCAGUGUGUGCUCACUCAUGACUGGGGCACUCAGGAGGUAGUCUGCAAUGCCAGGUAAUGGGUAAGUGGUUCUCUCAGGCCUACCUGGAAUAUCUUUACAGUAAGAUUAGAAAUAGGCUGAGGUUUCUGUCCAUUACCAUGCUUUCCCCACCCCACACACAUCCACUCCCAUGUUAAGCAGCCACUGGUCCUCUUGCCCAAAUGGUUAAUGGCUCCCAAAAGAGGGCAGAGACCAUGGUGCCCAUUCAGCUCUCUCCUGCAUACUUUUAUUAGGAAUAGACUAGUUAAGAAAAUUGUUUCUAUGUACUGUAUAUUUUGUACCUGUUUACACUUCUAAUAUUGAUAUAACUGAUAUUUUGAAAAACAAAUGAACAGGAAACUUCCUGUUAAAAUAAAACCUAACCAGCACCAAGGCAGUUUGAUGAAUUCCAUCCAUUCUUAGACCUGUUAUUUUUCCUGAUGCUUCUAAACACAUCCUCCAGGAGGACAUGUCAGCUCAUCAGCCCCCUCUAGCACUUGUUCACAUUGGAUCCAAAGAGGCCACUGCCC